GAGCAGGUGGUGGGCGGGGCCCCGGGGAGGGGAGGAGAGGAGAACUUAGAGAAGGAAGGCGGCGGGUGUCAGGGCUAUGAGUGCUUUUAAGGAAGGUCUCCAUAGAAGGUUCCCCCAGCAAAGCAGGGAGGGGUACUCCCCGAGAGGAGUCGAGGUGCCGGAGCCUGCUGCCUCGCCGACGCUGGGAGGAGCCCCGUGUCCCGCCGCGCUUGCCAAGGGUUGGCUGCGCGUGCGGCGGGAGUAGAGGCGCCUUGCGCACCAGGAAGUGACUGUUACCCCGCCGCAGCAAACCAGGCCAUCCGCUGGCCUUUUAGUUUGCCGCCUCAGAAAACUCCCUACUAUGCCAAACUGUCCGCGGGGCGGGGAAUGGAGGAGGCAGGCGGGGCUGGAGACGGGACCCGACGGUGACUGCGCAAGGUCGUGUACGGCCCAGCGUGGGCCUGUGCCCUAACUCCUCCCACUCCCUUACUUUCUGUCCUUCCCGGGCCCUGCAGACCGGCCAAGUUUAGUGGUAGCCUUUCCUAGUGUCUCCUCUUUGUUAACCCUUCCUACAGACACAGUGGGCAGAACUUGCCUAAAGAAGAAGGGAAUGGAAGGGAGUGGAGUCUUGUUGGGGAGACAAGGACCUGACUGCCUGUGGGCUGCAGUCGGGACACGACACAGCAGUCAACCCAUUUGCUUGUUUGGUUUAGCAAGGAAUAGUGUCUGGAGCCGGUCCAGCUGAAGGAAGGGUGAGCAGAGAGUGCAAGCAGGACCCUUGUCGGUGGGUGAACAUUUUGCUCCAAAAGGGAUCCUUGGCCCUGCGCAGGUGGAUUUCAGUGUGUUCUUUGGAUGGCAGGCCUUAAGAGAAGAGUCCCACUGCACAGCCUCAGAUACUUCAUCUCCAUGGUGGGUCUCUUCUCCAAACCAGGACUGCUUCCCUGGUAUGCCAGAAAUCCACCAGGAUGGUCACAGCUCUUUCUGGGCACAGUAUGUAAGGGAGAUUUCACCCGUGUGAUAGCCACGAAAUGUCAGAAAGGACAAAAAAGUCAGAAGAAACCAAGCCAUCUUGGACCACUAGAUGGUUCCUGGCAGGAAAGGCUGGCUGAUGUUGUGACACCACUCUGGAGGUUGAGCUAUGAAGAACAGCUCAAGGUGAAAUUUGCAGCUCAGAAGAAAAUUUUACAAAGACUAGAGUCUUACAUCCAAAUGCUCAAUGGAGUCAGUGUGACAACGGCUGUACCCAAAUCUGAGAGGCUCUCUUGUCUUCUCCAUCCUAUUAUACCCUCUCCUGUCAUCAAUGGUUACCGAAAUAAGUCCACCUUCUCUGUGAACCGAGGUCCAGAUGGCAAUCCAAAGACUGUGGGGUUCUACCUGGGAACUUGGAGAGAUGGGAACGUUGUCUGUGUGCAGUCUAAUCAUCUGAAAAACAUCCCUGAGAAACACAGUCAAGUGGCGCAGUACUAUGAAGUAUUCCUUCGACAGUCUCCAUUGGAGCCCUGCCUUGUAUUUCAUGAAGGUGGAUACUGGCGUGAGCUCACAGUCCGCACCAAUAGCCAAGGGCACACAAUGGCUAUCAUCACUUUCCAUCCCCAGAAAUUAAGUCAGGAGGAGCUCCAUGUUCAGAAGGAGAUUGUAAAGGAAUUUUUCAUCAGAGGUCCUGGAGCAGCCUGUGGCUUGACCUCACUUUACUUCCAGGAAAGUACCAUGACCCGUUGCAGCCAUCAGCAGUCUCCCUAUCAGCUUCUGUUUGGGGAACCCUACAUCUUUGAAGAACUUCUGAGCUUGAAGAUCCGCAUCUCUCCAGAUGCCUUUUUCCAGAUUAACACAGCUGGUGCAGAGAUGCUGUAUCGGACUGUGGGGGAGCUGACUGGAGUGAACUCUGACACCAUCCUUCUUGACAUCUGCUGUGGAACUGGUGUGAUUGGCCUCUCUCUGGCUCAGCAUACAUCUCGGGUCCUUGGGAUUGAAUUGGUGGAGCAGGCAGUGGAGGAUGCAAGAUGGACUGCAGCCUUCAAUGGCAUCACCAACUCUGAAUUUCAUACUGGUCAAGCAGAGAAGAUUUUGCCAGGGCUGCUAAAGUCAAAGGAAGAUGGACAGUCAAUUGUUGCUGUGGUGAACCCAGCCCGUGCCGGACUGCAUUACAAGGUGAUUCAAGCCAUUCGAAACUUCAGGGCCAUCCACACGCUAGUUUUUGUUUCCUGCAAGCUCCAUGGUGAAUCCACUAGGAAUGUCAUUGAGCUGUGCUGUCCUCCAGACCCUGCUAAGAAGCUCUUAGGCGAGCCCUUUGUCCUGCAGCAAGCUGUACCUGUGGAUUUGUUCCCUCACACCCCACAUUGUGAGCUGGUGCUCCUCUUUACUCGAUAAGCAGCCUCCUAGAAGACUGCAGGCUAUUUGUUAAGGCUGAAGUUUCAGAAACUUUCAGGUUUGGCAUAUUGCUACAUUGCAGACCCUGGGAGCAUUACAGUGGAAACCAAUCUUUGGUUUGUGAAUAGGAAGAAUCUAUUAGGCCUGUGGUCUGAGGCAGAUUUUUUUUUUGAGAUAGAGUCUCACUCUUGCCCAGGCUGGAGUGUCGUGGCGUGAUCUCAGCUCACUGCAACCUCCGCCUCCCGGGUUCAAGUGAUUCUCGUGCCUCAGCUUCCCCAGUAGCUAGGAUUAAAGGUGCGUGCCACCAUGCCCGGCUAAUUUUUGUAUUUUUGGUAGAGACAGGGUUUCACCAUGUUGGCCAGGCUGGUCUCAAACUCCUGACCUCAAGUGAUCCACCCGCCUCGGCCUCUCAAAGUGCUGGGAUUAUAGGCGUGAGCCACCACACCCCGCCGCGGCUGACUUAACCUUAGAUUUCAGAUUCCCUUUCAAUCAUGCCCGUUUGCUUGGGUUUGACCACUCCCCACUCCUGGAUCUGGACUGUUUCUUCCUGUUGCUGUCAGCCUUGGUUCUAGUUUAUAGUCUUGUCUCCUCCGUUUCUGCUUAUGGUGUGGACAAAUGACCUUUUUUAAGCAGCUGGUAAUAAUUUUACAUUGACUGGAGCCUGUGCAUUUGCUCAGAGAUGGUACAAUUUUUAGAUAUUUCUAAGACUUCUGGAUUCUUGAGGUAGUUAAGGAUUAAAACCAGAAACAGUCGAGGUUUUUUAAAAGCAGGGUAAGCCAUGAAGUGAAUACAGGGUGACUGAGUGAUCAUCAGAUGAGAUUAAUUCUUUUGGGUUUUCUUGGUUUUAAGGCAUCUCGAAUGCCCCUUGAAAAUGUAGUUUUCCCUGGUGGUGGGCACCUGUAAUCCCAGCUACUCGGGAGGCUGAGGCAGGAUAAUUGCUUGAACCUGGGAGGUGGAGGUUGCAGUGAGCUGAAAUUGUGCCACUGCACUCCAGCCUGGGUGACAGAGUGAGACACCAUCUCAAAAAAAAAAAAAAAAGAAAAUGUAGUUAUCCCUAGGAGCAAUAGCACCAAUUAACUCUCACCCGUGGAGGAAGAAUUGGUUAUUGGAGAGACCCUAAGGGAAAGGAGAUUUUCAGAGAGACUGAAUACCUAUAAUUGUGCUGUGUAGUGUGGAGGCAAAAAGCUCCAAAAUCUAAUAUAACAUAAUAAACUGGAUAUUGAAAACUGACUGUAUUUAACAUUCUCUAGUCCAUGAUUUCAUCAACUCUGGAGUUGUUCUUGGGUACUUGCCCAACAAUUUAGAUUAUGUUUUGAUAAUCUAAAGGCCUAAGGAUGUGUAACUUAGUAAGCGUUGUCUGAUUCACAAAGUGAUAUCAGGUUAACUGGUAUUUUUAAUUCUUCUCAAUCAAACAUUCUAGAGAAGCCUCCUUCUUAGAAAAAUAUGGCUGUUAAAGCUACUAUAUAAUGUUUUCUAUUCUUUUUUUAGAUGGUGGGUCAGGUAUAGCCACAAGAGGAGACACAGGAGAGGCUCAGGAAAACAAAGUCUAUUAUGCUUACAGGUCCUAGAGACAGGAGACAUAUUAUGCCACAUAGGACUACAUGGGAAAGACACCAGGGUGGGCAGGAGGCAGAAGACAGAAGAGGGGAAGGUUUAGGCCACUGCCGUUACUUGAGUUUCUUUGGGAAAGGCAAUGCAGGGCUGAGUGAACAGUUUAGGAUUGGCUACUUUGAAUAAGGUAUAGGGGUGCUCCCUAGUUGUCUGGUACCUGGCCAUGGGGUGAUUAGGACACUGGAAUGUUGUCUCUUGGGGUGUCCAUGCCAGAUAGAGGGAAUAUAGCUCUGAAUUGGUUAGUUUGUAUAUCAAAGAAAUCUUCCAGCUGAACCCUUGCUAUCUAUAAGAAUUAUCUAGCCCAAGGAGGAGCAGCCAGAAAGAUUUAUUUUAUUUUUAUUUUUUUGAGAUGGAUCCUCACUCUGUCACCCAGGAUGGAGUACAGUGGCGUGAUCUCAGCUCACUGCAACCUCCGCCUCCCGGUUCAAGCGAUUCCCCUGCCUCAGCCUCCUGAGUAGCUGGGAUUACAGGCGCCCGCCACCACACCCAGCUAAUUUUUGUAUUUUUAGUAGAGAUGGGGUUUCACCAUGUUGGCCAGACUGGUCUCGAACUCUUGACCUCAGGUGAUCCACCCGCCUCGGCCUCCGAAAGUGUUGGUUUAUGGUAGUUGCAUAAAUUUUUUCCUUUCCUUAUUUUUAAAUUUUAUGUGAUGGGUUAUAUUAUUUUUAUAACUGAAAUUUUCAAAAAAGCAAUUUUUUUCCAUUUAUUCCCUAUAUCAGCAAAUGGCAAUACCAUCUAUAUCAAUCACUUAAGCCAGAAAACAGAGUUCUUUUUCAUUCCUGUAUCCAACUACCUAUAAGGUAACUUCCUCUUGGAUAUCUUCUAGAUUCUUCAAACUCAAUAUAUCUAAUGUUGAAUGCUUUCCAUCUUUCCCUUAAACAUGUUCUUCCUCCUCUAUUCUCAGUCUUAAUGAAUAUAACAGUUUACUCAGUCACCCAAGCCAGAGUCUGGGAAUGAUUUUUGAGUCCUUCUCCUGUACUAUUGGCCUCAUCCAAUUUUUCACAAAGUCGCCAUCCCUGCAGGCUUCCAUCAUCUCUCUCCAGGUUAUUGCUGCAAUAGUCAUCUUCACAACUGUUGCUGCUUGUAUUCACUCUUGCCCCAGUUCAUUCUAGCACCAUGGCACACACCUGAAAUACCAGCUAGUGGGGAGGCUGAGGCUGGAGGAUUGCUUGAACCCAGGAGUUCAAGACCAGCCUGGACAAUAUAGCAAGACCCUCUUAAGAAAAAAUGCAAAUCUCAUGUUUCUCCAUUACUUAAAAUCUGUCAUUGGCUUCCUGUUGCUUUUAUUUUAUUUUAUGUAGUUAGUAAUUUUGAGACACGGUCUCACUCUGUCACCCAGGCUGGAGUGCAGUGGUGCAAUCUCAGCUCACUGCAACCUCUGCCUCCUGGGUUCAAGCAAUUCUCGUGCCUCAGCCUCCCAAGUAGCUGGGAUAACAGGCAUGUGCCAUCAUGCCUGGCUCAUUUUUUUUCUUUUUGUAUUUUCAGUAGAGGCAGGGUUUCAUCUUGUUGACCACGCUGGUCUCGAACCGCUGACCUCAAAUGAUCCACCCACCUUGGCCUCCCAAAGUGCUGGGAUUACAGGCAUGAGCCACUGCACCCAGCCAACUUCCUAUUGCUUUUAAAAUAAAGUCCAACAUUAUUGAUGAAGCUCAAAAGCCACUUCAUAAUCUGAAGAACUCCAUUUCUCUAGAUAUAUUGGAUUCCUUUCCCUGAAAAGGAGAAAGUUCUUCCCUUUUGGUCCUAUUUACAUUCUGUUUCCUCAGCUUGGAAUAUUCUUUUCCCUACCUCUUCUGGUUUACUCUAUUUACCUUUCUGUUUUUAACUUAAAUAUUCCUCCUUCAAGGAAUAUUUAAUGAAUAAAUACAGGAUUGGCUAUGGAAAAUCAACUUCCUCAUAAUUUUGUUACUUGUUUAUAGUUAUGCCCUCAGAGAUAUUGCGGGUUUGGUUCCAGAUUGCCACAACAAAGUGAAUAUCUCAAUAAAGCAAGUAACGUGAA